AUGCACAACAGCCGUACGCCCAUUGAGCGAUCUUCCAAGACCCUCGAGCAUUAUACCUCUCCAAAACUAACCACAAACACAGGUCCCCAUCCCCUGCUGGAGCAGGUGCCCCUCACCGUGUCUCCGUUCGUCUCUCUCCCCACCGCAACCACCCUCUCGUACAACUACAAGACGAUGCCAUCCAACAUCCCUCCCUCGUCACUGGGCAUACCCACAUCUUCCCAGGGCGAUGCGCAGCAGCCAAAGCCUUCCUUUGUUGUUUCAGGGUCGGGCCACGCCGCCCACCCGGACGACAUCUCAGCCUCUUGUCGCGCGCUCCUCGCCCACGUUACCGAUCUGCAGCAGAACGCCGAGAGGGAGUUGCAAGAGUUUGAGGAGCGCGUCAGGCAGCGCGACCUGGCCGAGAAGAGACGGGUCGCCCCGGGCUGGUUGGACAGCGAGUCGAAGCUCCUGCAACCUGAGCGGAAAUCGGGACAAGCCGGGACGCGUGAGGGGGUGCCGUCGCCGCCGCCGCCGGUUUCGGAAAAGGGAAAGCAGAGGGAAACGGCAGAGGCUGAGGACCAGGGUGCGCAGCUGGACAGAGCGUUUGGGGGCAUGGCUCUGAGGUGA